AUGGCAUUUGUGAAAGUGCUGAAGAAUGCGGCCUACUUCAAGAGGUUCCAGGUGGCGCGGAGGCGGCGGCGAGAGGGGAAGACGGACUACCAUGCUCGCAGGAAGAUGGUUCGCCAGGACAAGAAUAAGUUCAACAAUCGGAAGUAUCGCUUGGUGGUUCGUUUUUCCAACAGACGGUGCAUCUGCCAGUGCGCGUAUGCGACCCUGAGGGGGGAUGUUGUGGUUGCAGCAGCUUCUUCCAACGAGCUCGCUGGCUUUGGCAUCCCUGCCGGCCAUAAGAACUAUGCGGCGGCUUACGCUACCGGGCUUCUGCUGGCGCGGCGAGUCCUGAAGCGAUUCGGCUUGGAUGAGAAGUUCAAGGGAAAGGAGGAGCUCGAUGGUGAGGACUACCACAUCGAAGACGAAGACAACGAGCAGCGGCCUUUCAAGUGCAUUCUGGAUGUUGGGAUCCGCCGAACUUGCGUGGGCCAUCGAAUGUGGGGAGCGCUGAAGGGUGCAGUUGAUGGUGGCCUUCACAUCCCUCAUAGCACGAAAAACUUCCCUGGAUUUAAAGCAGCAGAUGAAAAGGGCGGCGAGUCCGAGUACGAUGCUGAGGCUCACAAGGAGAAGAUUUUCGGCAACCAUGUGAAGGAGUACAUGGAAAUGCUGCAGGAGGAAGAUCCGACAAAGUACGAAGCUCAUUUCUCCAAGUACAUAGAGAAUGGCAUCGAUGCCGAGAAGAUGGAGGAUAUGUACACAGAGGCGCACGAGAAGAUUCGCGAGGAUCCCGACGGAGAGAAGUCAGAAAAGAAAGACAUCACCUAUACGCAGGAUGGGGACACCAUGAAGGCCUCGGACGGCACGGAUCAUGUCCGCAGCCGCAAGAUUUCGCUCGAGCAGCGCAGGGCCAAGGUCGCCGCCAAAAUCGCUGCCGCCCAGGCAAAGAUGAUGGAAGAGUGA